GCAAGCCGCUGCUUGCCGUCCCGGAGACCGGAUUCCAGGAUGUGAACCUCGCCCAGGCAAAAAGGCCCUUCAAAACAGUCCACACCUUCGCCAUCACUGUCUUCCGUGCGACAGCAGAGCAGAGGCUCGGAAUCCGUGUGGAGAACGUCCGCGGUGCAGGCUAUGACUCUGCAGCCCGCGUGCACAGGAUCUUCGAGGGCGGAAU